GAUCGGAUUGCACGCACGCGUCACGUCCCCCGCACGCCUGUCGGUGGAACCAACACGUCCACGGCGGGCGAAGCCGGACACGUCCACGGCCAUUCGCCCCGGAUGGACUUCAUCCCGGAUGAGGCGAUCCAGGCCCUGGCAGGGCACCAGUUCCAGUCAGCUGGAUCUACUUGGCUCGAUGAGAAGAUGGAUCCUUUCUGGACAGGUGUUGCCAAGCGCAUCCCGCGCUCGGUCUCGCCGAACCUCAUCUCCGUCAUCGGCGGCCUUUGUUGCGCGCUGGCCGCGGCCUUGACGGUGGUCGCCAACCGCUGGAGACGGGCGCCCUUGUACUUUGCGGGGCCUGCGCUGAUCUUCGUGUACAUGACCUGCGAUGCAGUGGAUGGGAAGCACGCACGCAACACCAAGCAGAGUACACCCUUGGGCGCGGUAGUGGACCAUGGCAUCGAUGCCUUCUGUGCCUUCACCACGGGCGUGGCCGUCACUGUGACGGCCGACCCGGCCUUGGAGGAUCCAUGGCUCAUGCUGGCCUAUUGCAUGUUCCACGGUGCCUGGUUUUCAGCCCAGUGGGGUGAGUUGACAUGGGGCUCACUCGACCAGCGUGGCAUCACAGAAGGCGAGUUCGCGUCUAUGCUGGUGAUUGCUUUGCCCGGGAUUCUGGGACCCAACUUCAGAGACCAUUGGAUCCCCACCUGGGUUCCCCUGCUGGGUGGCCGCAAGAUCUUGCAGCCACCAACGAUCUUCGUGGCACUGCUGUGCUUCUGCGUGAGUGUGUCCUUUGUGGUGCGCAUCUCCGCCAAGGUGGAGGGAGGGAUGGAGCGCUUGCAGGCGACCUACCCUUUGAUCCACCUGACCUUGCACACGAUGGCAGCGAUGCACCUGGCCUUCUCACCUCUCCAAGGACAUCAUCCCCUGCUGAGUUUCACGGUGGUGGGGAUGAAUGCGGCCCUCUUGAUGACCAAGAUGCGCUUUAUGGCCACGUUCCGAGUGCCAUGGCCCUUGGUGCACCUGGAAAUGGUGCCCUUCCUGGUCUCAGUGGCCAUCGAUGCCUUCGGAUUUGCCUUGCCAGUGGCCUGCUGGUAUUUGGUGGUCUUGACAGAAAUGCUGUUGCUAUGGCAGAUGUGGCAACGCUUGCUGCAGCGCAUUUGCAGCUCCCUGCAAGUUCCUUUCCUUGGAGAAGUUCCCCUCAAAGGAGAGUGAUCAGUUGGGCGAUCAGUGAAAGUCGGUGCCAAAGUCGGGGCUCAAGAGAUCCAGAUUGACUCUACGAACGG